AUGCGCUAUCAGUACCACUACCUCAGCCAGAUUGCGCAAGUGUCCAGUGAAACGCACAUCUCCAGACCCCGUCCUCCCGUCGACUACAGUGGCACAGAUCAAUUCGAUUCCUAUCGCGAGUCCACUAUCGGUGCUGCUUUCCUGACUCAAACCAUCUCCCUCGAUGAGAACACUACCGUCAAGUUCGAGAUCUGGGAUACCGCUGGCCAAGAACGCUACAAGUCUCUGGCUCCCAUGUACUACCGAAAUGCGAACUGCGCCGUCGUUGUAUAUGAUAUCACCCAAUCGGCAUCGCUAGACAAGGCAAAGGCUUGGGUCAAGGAGCUACAGCGCCAAGCGAACGAGAACAUCGUUAUUGCCCUUGCAGGAAACAAGUUGGAUUUGGUCACCGAGCAGCCCGACAAGCGAGCCAUCUCCACUGCCGACGCUGAGGCUUACGCUCGUGAAGCUGGCCUUCUUUUCUUCGAGACUUCAGCCAAGACUGCUGAGAACGUCCAGACUCUUUUCACAGCCAUCGCCAAGAAGCUUCCUCUGGACCAGGCCGGUCCACGACACGCUCGCCCUGGCCAACGACCAGGAGUCAGUCUGGCUCCUGAGAACUCCAACACCAACGUCAGCGGCCCUUGCAGUUGCUAA